UCUUGAUUAAAGUCUUGGUGAAUGAUAUCUGUUUCUUGAUUUGGAACCGACAUGGCUCCUAACGAUUGGGCUUUUCUUUGCCUCUUCCUAGGAAUCUGAAGCUCUCUCUCACUCUCACUCACUCCUGUGUGAACUACUCUUUCAUCUCGGCAACGUCGAAUCUUGACUUCCUUUUUUAUUUUCUUUACUCUUUGUAUUGGAUCUUGGAGAUGGCUAUGCAAACUAUGAGAGAAGGUCUUCCCUCUGCUCCACAGAUUUCUUGGUGGAACGCUUUUGGAUCUCAGCCGUUAACUCCAGAGAGUCUCUCCGGAGAUAAUGAUUCAUUGGCCGGAGUUAAGGUCAGAUCUGCUGGAGGGAUAGAACAAGGUGUGAAUAAACAAAGCAACUCUGUAUCUCACUUUGCUUUCUCACUUGGUGAUGUAAAGAGUCCAAGAGUUGUGCCAAAGCCUCAUGGAUCUGCUUUCUCGAUGCAACCACCUUACUUGGAACUUGGAUUUUCUCAGCCACAGAUGUACAAAAAGUAUCCAUGUGUGGAACAACAAUACUAUGGAGUUCUUUCACCCUAUGGAUCUCAUAGCAGUGUAAUGCUUCCUCUAAACAUGGAAACAGAAGAUGGAACCAUCUACGUUAACUCAAAGCAAUACCAUGGAAUCAUCAGGCGACGCCAGUCACGUGCAAAGGCUGCUGCUGUUCUUGAUCAGAACAAACCGAGUAGCAAAUUCCGUAAGCCAUAUAUGCAUCAUUCACGCCAUCUCCAUGCAUUGCGCCGUCCUAGAGGAUCUGGUGGGAGGUUCUUGAACACUAAGAGUCAGAACAAUGCAAAGAAAGCCGAUGGAACUAAGCAGACUCAGCCUCAGCAAAGUAACUCUCAGGAUUCAGACGUUCUUCAUCCUGAAAACGUGACCAUGAACUUAUCAAACCGACUAGGAUCAGAAGUUACAAGCAUGAACUACUUUUUAAGCUCUUCGGUUCAUCCCCUUGGUGGCAAGGUAAUGCCUAGCAAGUGGAUCACAGCAGCAGCAAUGGAUAAUGGCUGCUGCAGUUUCAAAACCUGAUAUUUUGACCAGAGUUCAUCAGUCAGACCGAGAGAGAGAGAACUCUUUUGUCUUGAUAAAGGACAGUUUGAGUUUUUUCUUGUUUCUUGGUUCCAUCUGACUAUGAACUGGCAACUCAUCUUUGGCUCACUCUCUACUCUAAGGCUUCUUCACCCUCAGGUGAAGGGAGCCUUGCAUUUUAUCUCAGUGUGAAACUAGUUUGGAACAAUGAUGGGUUUUGGCAACUAAACCCACUUGUUCUAACUCUAUCUCCUCUCUCUCUCUUUGUGUGUGUGUUUUAUGUAUGUUUCUGAAACUGUUGUAAGAACUUCAAGUUAAGCGGCUUAUGUAACAUAUUUUAAGUCCUGCUCUUCUAAAAAAAAGGGUGUGUGUGUGUGUGUUUAUGUAUGUUUCUGAAACUGUUGUAAGAGCAUCUAGUUAUGUGGAUUAUGUAACAUAUUUUAAGUCCUGCUUUUCAAUAAAA